UCACCUUCUUCACUCCCAAAUGCACGAUCCCAUUUUCUUCUUCGCCUUCCUCGCUUCUCUCUCACUCCUCUCUCUCACUUUUCUCUCCUUCUCCAUCUACAAAAGGUUCUCCAAAACAGAUAAACAACACCACCACCCUCCUCCGUCGCAGAACCUGGAAACUCCUAACGACCCAGUCGACGACGGGGUUCCUCGACCCGGAGAAAAUGCCCCGACCCAUUUGACAAGUUCGGUUUUUUUCGAGGUUUUGCCCUCCGAUUCUGCGAAAUGGGCGUGCUUGUUUGAAGAUACGGAUUCAGUAUCUUCCGCUAUGGAGGUUCCUGGAGCGGAGCAAAGAGGGAAGAAGAAGAGAAAGAAGGGGAAGAAGAAGAAAGCGAAUUCGGGAGUUGAAGAGAGUGAAGGUGCCAAUACGGGUUCGGAUCCUGGGGUUCAUUUUGAAUCGGGUUGCCUGUACCCGUUCACUUCUUCAAGCAGCGCUAUGCAGAGAAGGAUCAAACUGCAGUACGAUGAACUCGUCAAGUGCAACGAGUCCAAGAAAUUGACACUCGCCCAGGUUGUACAGUUUGCUAAUUGUUUGGUUGAUGUUAGGAAUGAACUACAACACAAGGCUGAUGUGAUACAACGUAAGUUUGUAAUAACAAAGGCUUUAUUAUGCAAGGCAGACAGAUCUUCUUUUGAUAGACUGCGUCAACAGAUAUACAAGCUUGAAUUGGAGCAAAAGAGAUUAGAGGAGGAUGCUUUUGUUUAUAAUUCACUUCAACAGCAGCUUAAACUCUCACCAGCAUACCAGAAGAUGCUCGAAGUUGGGGCUUGCAUGGACAAGGCGAAAUCCCGUGAACUAGAGAACAGAGACGACGAAUUUGCUGACAUUUCUUUUGAAGAAUUAUUAGCACAAGAAAAGAAGGAUUCAUUCUGGCAAAAAAAUGGGAAAUCAAGACUGUGCUGAAGCUAAUAACAGUUACUGGGCAUGCUAACUGUAACCAGAGUUAGUUUAGUAUGUAAAUCCAAGGUUUACAACAGUGUACUGUCACUGUCACAGCAAUGUUCUUUUUGGUUCUUUGUCUGUGCCAUUUUUGCUUGUUUAUGGGAUAUAGAUAUGAAUACAAAAAACAUUUGAGUUUCUUGGUAGAAUUUCUAAAUGAUAUAUCGGUAUUGGAGUUGGAGAACUAUCGGUAUUUUGAUAGAUCACCGAAAUAGACAUUGUCACUCAUAUUUUGAUAAUGUCAUUUUUUUAAUUCAUGUAAACAUAUAAUAUAUAAAAAAAAUACUAUUUGGACACUAAAA